AAAUUCAACAGCUCGCUCUUCUCUUCGCUAUCCACCAACUAUGCCCCCUCAAGGCUCAAAGCACCAAUGCCAGCUUGGACGCGUUUUGCGUCAAGCAUGCCACGCCCAUACAGGUUUCACGUCGGUGCUAGCUGGAUAGCCAAACCACCAGAGCCUCGCUCGCGAAAGAAGGUCAAGCCUUUUCCUGGUGACAGCCCAAUAGGUCUAUGGAGGAACGAAACACUAUCUAGGGCAAGCUCCAGCUCUAGCAAGGAUGCCGGCGAAGAUUUCUUUUAUGUCCAGGAUAUGCGAAAUCAAUCGGGCGUAUCCUUGGGAGUGGCAGAUGGCGUCGGCGGGUGGGCUGAAAGCGGCGUGGACCCUUCACUCUUUUCCCAAGCUUUAAUGUAUCAUGCACAUCGAUACUCUUCAAGUGCGUGGCCAGGUGAGCCGGAGAUCGACCCAACACAAGAAUAUGAAGAGCGCGAAGAAGUGGAGGGCUGGGAGUUACUACCUGGGAAUUGCAUGCAGCUAGCGCUUGAAGGUGUCCUGCGAGAGCGGGCAGUGCUGGCAGGCUCUAGCACUGCGUGCAUAGUCAAUCUCAAUGCGUCAUCGGGAAUCCUUCGGGCUGCUAAUCUGGGAGAUAGCGGUUUCAUGAUCAUUCGAUCGUCUACAGUCUUUUACCGACAAAAAUCUCAGACUCACUUUUUUAACUGCCCGAGACAACUUGCCAAACUUCCCAUACGUGCGGACUCAGACGCGAUGGACUAUCCGUCAGACGCCGACAUAUACGAAACAAAGCUCAGAGAUGGAGACAUUAUCGUAGCAUAUACCGACGGGCUUUCUGAUAACGUUUUUAACAACGAGAUUACCGCCAUAUGCAGCCUAGUCUCCCGGGCCGGUGGACCCGAAGACAUGCAAGUGCAAACGAUGGCAGAUCGAACAGCAGAGUUUGCUCGAGCAUGUAUGGUAAAUCGCACACGCGUCAGUCCAUUUGAAAAGGCUGCUGCUAGAGAAGGCUUCUAUUUCCGAGGGGGGAAACUAGAUGACGUUACAGUUUUAGUGGCCUUGGUACGGGAAGUACUUUAAUGUGCUAGAUUUACCCCAAAGGUCAGGUUUGUUACAUGGUCAUGGCUGCCCAGAGCAUACAUCACUUUACAUAGAAUAGCCACGCCCUAACUUUGCUGCAUGUUGGAUGUAAUUUCUUUGUCCCUUAUGCGCCUACCGGACUUAUACCAGCCACUUUUAUUUUC